GACUACGACCAGAGCCUUGCACGGGCCUUAGCUCUGUACCCCAGAAAGACCUAGAGCCGGAACAUAAGGCAUUGCAUCAUAUGUCGACAGAGACUGUACCGACAAAAAGGUCGUGGAGACCUGUCAUCCCUGCGCAGAGCAACCCAGAGAAUGUGACACCCGUGCCAGAGGACUCGGUGUCCUUUCAAACCUACAUCCAGGAUCGUCGAGUCAUCGGGUAUGACCCCCUGGUCCAGCCCUCGCUUCUCCGCCACGAAAUCCGCGCGUCGCCUCAGUCGCAAGCAACUACUGCCGCCGCCCGCUACGCCGCCGCCCGCAUUCUUGCAGGCCAAGAUGACCGGGUCAUUGUAAUUGUCGGCCCUUGCUCGAUCCACUCACCGGAGCAGGCGAUUGAGUACGCCCACCUGCUUCGUUCCAAGCUCUCCUCUUGGACGAACCUGCACAUCAUCAUGCGGGCUUACUUCCAGAAACCUCGGACGACGGUCGGCUGGAAGGGUCUCAUUAACGACCCCGACCUUGAUGGGUCCUUCAAAAUUAACAAGGGUAUUCGCGUUGCGCGCCAACUCUUGUGCGACUUGACCAACCUCGGCUUGCCCGUUGGCUCUGAGCUCCUCGAUACUAUUUCGCCACAGUACAUUUCGGACCUCACCACCUGGGGUGCGAUUGGAGCACGAACGACCGAGUCGCAGUUGCACCGUGAGCUCGCCAGCGGUGUCUCCUUCCCUAUCGGUUUCAAGAACGGUACCGACGGAAGCGUUACCGUCGCAGUCGAUGCCAUGCGCUCGGCGUCGAACCCGCAUGCCUUCAUGGGUGUCACCGAGCACGGUCUCGCUGCCAUUGUCAAAACCCGCGGUAACCAGGACGUCCAUGUCAUCCUCCGUGGUGGCACUCGGGGACCCAACUAUGCUGCCGAGCACGUUCAGGCUGCUGCAAGUGCUAUCGCCAAGGCGCGCCCGAACUACCACCCGUCGAUCAUGGUCGACUGCAGCCAUGGCAACUCACAGAAAGACCACAAUAACCAGCCCAAGGUUGUCGACUCGAUCUGCGAGCAGCUUCGUGCAGGCGACAAGACUAUCACUGGUGUCAUGAUUGAGUCGAACAUCAACGCCGGCCGCCAGGACGUCCCGGCCGAGGGCCCGGAUAGCCUCAAGCACGGUGUCUCGAUCACGGACGCCUGCGUGGAUUGGGAUACGACUGUCGAGAUGCUCGACCGCCUGAACCAGGCCGUCGCGGACAGGCGCCACAUUUUGCUCGAGCAGGCCCUGGAGAACAAAACCCAGUGAGCAUCACGAUAGAACAGCCCUUUAUCUGUAGACUUAGAUGCCUUGUAUGCUAGAUGGCUUUGAGCCUUCGUUGCUGUAUCUAUCAAGGAGCUCUGUAUCAUUCAUUUUUCC